AUGGAGGGUCAUCCAUAUGCAAAGCGGCUUUUCGAAGAUGAAUUUAACUUGGUUGCAGAAUUGACAAGGAUGAAUGUGGCGCCACGUGAUAUUCUAGCAAUAAUUAAAGAGAGGAAUUUAAGUAACGUGUCUACACUUAGGACUAUUUACAACGCACGCAACAAAAUUCGCAUGGUCGAUCAAAUAGGCAAAUCUCCAAUGCAGGUUCUAUUAUCCCUUUUGCAUUCUAAUGGUUAUGUUUAUGAAAUUACUACAACCGGGUUAAACGAAUUAGAAAAUUUAUUCUUCAUUCAUCCGACAUCAUUUGAUAUUUGGCGUGCAUUUCCACAUGUGUUGAUUAUAGAUGUCACGUACAAAACAAACCACUAUAAUAUGCCUUUUCUUGAGGUUGUUGGUGUAACUUCAACCAGCAAAACAUUUUCCAUAGCUUUCGCCUUCAUGCAUAAUGAGAAGAUAGUUAACUAUACAUGGGUUUUAAACUGUCUAAAGUUGACACUAGACCAAUGCAUGCUCCCACGUGUUAUAGUUACAGACAGGGAGAUGGCACUAAUGAAUGCAUGCAAAGAAGUUUUUCGGGAUGCUGCUCAUUUGUUUUGUAGGUGGCACAUUGAGCAGAACCUCUUUAGAAGAUGUAGGCAAUCUUUUAGGUCAGUAAAGGCUUGGGAAGAAUUUCUUUUGUUAUGGAAGUCACUAGAAAAUUCUACAACGUUGGAAUCUUACACAGAAAAUUACAGGCAACUUGAGACAUUGUUGAUCAAACAUCCACGUGUUUUAGCAUAUGUAAAUGAAAGUUGGUUAAACGACUACAAGGAAAGGUUUGUUUCUGUCUGGAUUGAUCAACAUCUCAACUUUGGAAAUAACACAACCAAUAGAGUAGAGAGUCAGCAUGCAAAGCUUAAAAAAUAUUUGGACGGUUCGAAUUCUAGUUUGGAUAGAUUUCUACGUUGUAUUGACCGAAUCGUGACGUCUCAACAAAUAACAAUUAAAGAAAGCUUGGAAAAUCAAUAUGUUUCCUUGGAUUCGAUUGAUAUUUUUUGGAAGAAGCUAGAUAUUUCACCAUUGGUAUCUUUUCAAAAUGACGAUGUUAGCUAUGAUGAUGAACUACUACUUUUUAAAGAAUACUUUAAGAAGCAGUCUAAAGAUGGACAAAAAAGUUGGUUAAGAAAACUGAAGGAUAUCCUUUUUCCAGGCAAAACCGACAUUCAAGAACCUCAAGUUCAAAAGAAAAAAAAACUCGUAGACGACCAAGCUUGA